UGACGAAUAGAAUUAUCUGAAAUGAACAAAUCUUACGUUCGAUACCGAUAUCGCGCCCACGACGCCUUCGAGUGUAGUAGCAUUACCAAGUGGAAUUUCUUUCUUUUCUAAUUCCGGAAUUCGUUUACUUUAUUGUCCGCUCGAGUCUUUCUUUAAUGUCAAUCCUACAAUUUAACCCAAACCUUAUAAUCAGUGACGAUCUCUAAAAUUCAACAUCUCAUCCUCCUCAAUUUACUCGAAUCAAUAAUUCAAAAACUGAGCUUAGCAAAUUCUGCUAGAAAUUCCGAUUUGUUUCGGCAGUAUUCCAACUUUUUCAGCUCUCAAAAAGACGAGAAUCAAAUCAAUUAAAACUGUCGAUUUUGUAGAAUUUGAAUCCUUUCAAUUAUUGAAUUUCGAUUUCUUGAACUAAUUUGAAGGUGUAAUUAUAAUUUAUUGAUUUACUCAAAUGAUGAGAAACGAAUCGAGUAGCAGCAGCAGCAGCGGCGAAAGUGUCGUCGCCGAUGUCGGGAGGCGUCGCUCUACCUGCGGUUACUGUAAAUCUGGUCGUCGCUCCAGUAUAACUCAUGGUUUAUGGGCAAACAGCCUUACUGUUUAUGAUUAUCAAGAUCUUCUGGACCGAGGUUGGAGAAGAUCCGGUUGUUUCCUUUACAAACCUGAGAUGGAAACGACAUGCUGCCCUGCUUAUACUAUCAGACUGAGGGCAAAUGAUUUCUCACCUUCUAAAGAGCAACUUCGGGUGUCCAAGCGAAUGCAAAGGUACCUGGAUGGAAUAUGGGAUGGGAAAAAACAAGAACAUGAUGAAAAACCUGGGAACUCACAAGGACAUGUUCAUGAUGAUGAAUUGUCCAACUCGUUUCGAAUGGGAUCUCUAGGAAGAAAUGAACAGAAGACCAAGGAAGAAGAGUUAUCGGAUUAUCUAUCCAAACAGAUUGAUGAUGCCAUCCAGUUAUUUGUUAAAAGCAAGGAUUUACCAUGUGAUAUUCAAUAUCCUAAAGGUAUAGUAAAAAUGGUUUCACAAACCAAAAAGAGACGGUUAGUUGAAGGAUCAGAAGAUCUCUUAUAUACAAGCAAUAUUUCAUUUCAGAUAGCGGCUAUAUUGAAACGGGAAAAGUCAGAUGAAAAUGAUGUCCUGGUGUUAGAAGGAAAGAAAGAUAGUUUGGUUGCAAAUGGGUCUUCAUAUAAUUUAUCCUCCAAAUACAUUUCAGAAGAGUUAGCAAAUGUUUUGCAGCAUCUUGUAGAAGUUCCCGAUUUAUCGGUAAAAGCCUGCAAUGGACACUUAAACUUCUACUCUGCAGUAAAGGAGGUCCAUUCUGAUAAAGAUUCUCAUCUAGUUGCUCUCUCCAAAGAAUGUUCACUGCAAGAAAGUAAAGGACAUGGUGUGAAACCCGAAAAGCCUCAGAGAAAGAAACGAAAACUGGAGAUACUUUUGAAUAGGUCCAGUUUUGAUCCCGAAGAGUUUGCCCUGUAUAAAAAAUAUCAAACAAAAGUUCAUGAUGAUGAACCUGGUAGCAUCACGCAGCACUCUUAUAAGAGGUUUCUUGUUGAUACUCCCUUGAUAUAUGUUCCUCCAACUGGUGAUGAUAGUGUUCCUCCUUGUGGGCUUGGCUCCUUCCAUCAACAGUAUCGAAUUGAUGGCCGACUCAUCGCAGUUGGGGUUAUUGAUAUCCUUCCUCAGUGUGUAUCAAGCAAAUAUUUAUUCUGGGACCCUGAUCUUGCUUUUCUAUCACUUGGUAAAUACUCUGUCCUACAAGAGAUAAGUUGUGUAAAAGAGAACCAACAUAAUUGUUCAAGUCUUCAAUACUACUAUCUUGGCUAUUACAUUCACUCCUGCAGCAAGAUGAGAUAUAAAGCAGCUUAUCGUCCAUCAGAACUUCUAUGUCCUCUCCGUUACAAGUGGAUCACAUUUGAUGUCGCGAAAUCGUUGCUUGACAGAGCGCGGUAUGCCGUGCUGUCAGACUAUGCUAAUAUGCAAAACGGGGACUCAGCAUCGGACCAAGAAUUGGGAAAGCUCUUGGAUCAGCAGCAUGAUGACCCUGGUGAUGGAGAUUUGAAUGACUCUCAUGUAGGUGGAGAUCAGAAGACACUCAACUCCGAUUCUGAUUCAUCAGAUGAUGAACUGUUACCUGAAACCAAUGAUCAUGCUGCUGUUACAAUUGAGAAUGGCGACAUUGGCCGCAUUUUUCUUGAUUUGAGGGGAACUCGUCUUAGAUAUCAGGACUUGCAACUAGCUCUUCGUCCAGAUGAUCGAGCGCAAGUAGAAAAACAAUUAUUGAGAUACAUGAAGGUUGUUGGCCCACAGCUCUCAGAAAGAAUGGUUUAUUUGCUUGGUUAGUUUCGUUAAUCUUUAAACAUGGUUUGCGACAUGGGAGUUCAUGGUAACGUUGCUAUGUAGGUGCCAUGGUGACUGUUGGUCCUUUCAUUGAUUGUUAUGCUAAUGUUGAAACAAUUAUACGGCGUAUUUGCAUGUAAAGGGGUGCUCUUAUGGAUGGUUCAAGUUUCUUUCCGCUUUCUUCUUUUCCUCUCACUCACAUAGGGAGGAGGUAUGUCUUACGUGGAGUUCUUUGCUUCAGCAGGAUUAGUAACUUUGUUGUUGUAUUACUAUUUGGGGGUUGUUUUCCUAUGAGGCUGUGGACUAUAACUAGACUCAAAUUUGAACCCAUUUGUUUGGUUCUAUUGGUGAUUAUAUUAGCUCCUUUUUUUUCAA